GCUCCCGCGCCUUCAGCCUCCCGCACGUCCUCACUGCCUCGCCCGGAGCCAUGCCGCCUUACACCAUCGUCUACUUCCCCGCUCGAGGGCGCUGUGAGGCCAUGCGCAUGCUGCUGGCUGACCAGGGUCAGAGCUGGAAGGAGGAGGUGGUGCCCAGGGAGACCUGGAUGCAGAGCCCGCUCAAGGCCUCGUGUCUGUAUGGGCAGCUGCCCAAGUUCCAGGAUGGAGACCUCACGCUGUACCAGUCCAACGCCAUCCUGCGGCACCUGGGCCGCUCUCUGGGGCUUUACGGCAAGGAUGCGCGGACAGCGGCCCAGGUGGACAUGGUGAAUGAUGGCGUGGAGGACCUCCGCAAACGCUGCGGCCACCUCAUCCACCACAACUAUGAGGACGGCAAAGCCCAGUACAUCCAGGAGCUGCCCGGGCGCCUGAAGCCGUUUGAGACUCUACUGGCCCAGAACCAGGGCGGCCAGGCCUUCAUCGUGGGCGACCAGAUCUCCUUCGCCGACUACAACCUGCUGGACUUCCUCAUGGCCCACCAGCUCCUGGCCCCCGGCUGCCUGGACUCGCUGCCGCUGCUCUCGGCCUACGUGGCCCGCCUCAGUGCCCGGCCCAAGCUCAAGGCCUUCCUGGCCUCCCCCGAGCACGUGAACCGCCCCGUCUUUGGAAGCCGCAAGAUCUGAGCCCUUGUGGCUCCCCAGCAAGAGGGACUGUCCUGAAGCAGCAAUAAACACGCA